AUGCAGGCUAAUUAUGCCAGUAGCAAUGAUAACAAGCACAAAGACCUUGAUAACCACAAUGACAAUGACGAUGAUGUCAAUGGCUGUAACCAAAAUGUUGAUGACAGCGGUAAUACAGAAAAAAACGAUGAGAACGAUGACGGCGUCGACAACAGUAAUGGCACCAGCGACGAGAACGACGAUGACGGCAACAACGGCGGCAACGACGAUGAUGACUGCGACGAUGACGACGACGACGACGACGAUGACGACGACGACAACGACGACAACGACGACGACGACGACGACGACGACGACGACGACAACGACGACGACGGCGACGACGACGACGACGACAACGACAACGAUGACGACGGCGACGGCGACGGCGACGACGACGGCGAGGGUGACGGUGAGGGCGACGUAAGCCUCAUCGAGAAUUUCUUAUGCAUUAGACGCACCUCGUGAACCACCUUAUCUUGACAGGUGCCGUUGUCUGAUCAUCUGUAAUGAAAGAUGAAAUCGUAUUUUGACAAUGACGCCGUCGCCGUCGUCUCAAAAUUCUGGCGGGUACCGUCUUAUGAAUAUCGAUAACAGAUACGUGAAGAUUUUGGUCAACAUCGACGUCAGUCUCGAUUGAUUAAACGUUUUGAAGAAACAACAAAUCACGAGAAUGUGAAAUCACUGUCUAGUACCACGAUGGAAAUGAAAAGAAUAAUUUAAUACAUAUGCCCCGCAAUAAAAGGAACUUCCAAUUGAUGUGCACCGAGAAAGUUUUUAUACUUCUGAGCACUCGCGCACUCACUUGGUCCAGAAGAACAUUCUUCCGCGCGUCGUACCGAAGGUGUUCCGAGCAAGUCCAAGCACCGCCACCCGUCAUCCGUCACCCGUUACCCUCGUCGCCAGGAGGCGCUCAGUUUCACAAACCACCAGAUUAACGAGGACGCACUACACGUGCGCCUAUCGCGCUUAAAUUGAUUUUAAUGCAAACCGUACUACUUAUAGUUUUUCUAACGCUAUUAUGAUCUUGCUAUUUCCACGUUCUUUUACUUUUAAUUAUAAAAUUAUUAUAUACUGUCUACAAUCGUGACCUUCUCCUUUCUAUAUCGUAUAUGUAUAUGUUUUGUUCGAACGCAAUUCAAAGAUUUCGGCAAACUAUGAUACUAAUUCUGGUCUUAGCUAAAAAUAAGCAUAUGCCCUCCACAUAGAAAAAGAACUAAUCAGCUGCACCGAGUUCAUUAAAUCGAUCUAAUCUUAUACCGCAACCAGUAAAGCCGAUUCAAUUUGAUUUAACGAGCCAAUGGAUAAACAAAUUAUUCAGUAUUUUACAACAUUUUAAUAGAAGUAGAAUAUUUACAUUAUUAAUUAGAAUUUCUUAAUCGUUUUUUCUUUCCAAUAUAUGUAACGUUAUGGUUAAGCAAAUUUAAUGUUUUUUGUAUUAACAAUUACAAAAUUAAAGUGUUUUGUCCGCAUUUGAUAUAUAUAUAUAUAUAUGUAUAAAAUAUAGAUAUAAUUACAAUUAAAUUGUUACUGUUAGUUCCUAUAAAAUUAUGGAAGUUUUAUAUUCAAGGAAUUUCAAUUGUUAAAGAUAUAAUAUAAAUGAUGGGUAAGUGUAAUGAGGUACAGGGUUUUUAUAUAUGUUAACAAAAUUUCAUUUGGUAUUUAUAGCAUAGAAAUAAAUAAAUAGUCAAAUAUGACUGAAAUAAAGAACAAAGAUGUAUAAAAGUUUAAAUAUUAUCAUUGCUCUCAAUUCGUAUGUAACAAUCCUUCAUCAUUUCUGUUAAUUGGAUCUCCUUUUAAUAAUGCAAUGAUCAUGCUGAAA